UUAUAUAUACAGUGAUUUGUUGUUAGUGUUUGUUUACGAGGCUGGUUAGUCCUGCUUUGGUAGAAAUAACAGUCGACAUCCCUACACAGUACGGAUGCCAUUUAAGCACCAAGCCCAGGAGAGACCAUGAGAUAGUUUUACAGCAAUGUUUGUGGGCGAGGUGCACAGUUGCUUUUGUAAUUAUUUAGGGGAAGCGUCCACCUUGUGUCCUGGUAUCAGGAGAUCAGACCGGUUACCCAGGUGUCAGGAUAUCGGACCGGUUUCAUCAUAACAGCAGGAGAGCCUAUAUAGGAAUUCUACAAGUGUGACGAGGCAGUCUACAAAGCAAAACACGUGUGUGACCAGUACGUGGCAGCUUUCCUUGAACCACGAUGGAGUACGUGAGAAUUAAUGCCGGGCAAAAUCCAUAUGAGUGCAAGCUGUGUGAUGCUGCAUUCUCCUGUCAGAGUAAUGUGAAGAUACACAUGAGAAGUCACACGGGAGAGAAACCUUAUAAGUGCGCGCUGUGUGAUGCUGCCUUCUCACAAUCGAGUAAUCUGAAGACACACAUGAGAACUCACACGGGAGAGAAACCGUAUAAGUGUGAUCUGUGUAAAGCUGCCUUCACACACUCGGGUGACCUGAAGAAACACAUGAGAACGCACACGGGAGAGAAACCGUAUAAGUGCGAUCUGUGUGAUGCUACCUUUGCACAAUCAGGUAGUCUAAAGACACACAUGAGAACUCACACGGGAGAGAAACUGUAUGGAGAGAAACCGUAUAAGUGUGAACUGUGUGAAGCUGCCUUCUCCUGUGUGAGUAGUGUGAAGACACACAUGAGAACUCACACGGGAGAGAAACCGUAUGUGAAGAUACACAUGAGAACUCACACGGGAGAGAAACCGUAUAAGUGCGAACUGUGUGAUGCUGCCUUCUCCCGCUUAUAUCAUCUGAAGACGCACAUGAGAACACACACUGGAGAAAAACCAUAUAAGUGUGAACUGUGUGAUGCUGCCUUCUCAAUAUCAGGUAAUCUGAAGACACACAUGAGAACUCACACGGGAGAGAAACCACAUAAGUGUGAUGUGUGUGAUGCUACGUUCUCCCACCUGGGUUACAUGAAGUUACACUUGAGAACUCACACGGGAGAGAAACCGUACAAGUGCGAACUGUGUGAUGCUGCCUUCUCCUUUCUGCAUCAUAAGAAGAAACACAUGAGAACUCACACAGGAGAGAAACCAUAUAAGUGCGAUUUGUGUGAUGCCGCCUUCUCAUGUCGUAGUAGUGUGAAGAUACACAUGAGAACUCACACGGGAGAGAAACCAUACAAAUGUGAUUUGUGUGAUUCUACCUUCCCCCGCUUGAAUCAUGUGAAGGAACACAUGAGAAGUCACACUGGAGAGAAACCAUAUAAGUGUGAACUGUGUGAUGCUGCCUUCUCUCAAUCGGGUUCUGUGAAGAUACACAUGAGAACUCACACGGGGGAGAAACCAUAUAAGUGCGAUCUCUGUGAUGCUACCUUCUCCCGCCUGGGUGAUGUGAAGGGCGAUGUUGUACUGAUGUAA